AUGGAAUUCAUCAAUGAAGGUGAGGAUGUCCUCGAAGAGUACAAGUCCGAAAAUUCACUGAAGCACCGCACCCGUAGACAGCUUGUCAACAUAUUGGCUAGCCAUAUGACGGAAAUGCAUGGGAGGAUUCCUUCCCGUAACCAGAAGGAGAAGUUUGUCCUGGGAAUCAUUACACUCUUUCCUUCGCUGAAGGAUCCCUUUUCUCCAAAGGGCUAUCUGAAUCAAGACUUCCUGCUGCUGUUUGGUGCUGAAACAGCUUCCAAGAUGCUUGAGAAGUGGGAUACAGCAUUCAAGCCCAAGGUUAUCAAAGAGGCCAAACACCUGACUCAGUCAACUGAGCUGUGCCAACUUCUGACAGCUGCUGAAAACCUUUCAGAGAACGAUCACACCACUGGACCGAAGAGGAUCAAAGUAAGUCCCAGUGACGCAGUGGGCAAAAUGUUACACUUUCACAAGUCAUGCUGCAGCAUCGUUGAACACCUGCAGGGAAGAGAGGCUAAACAACCAUACAUCCUUGCUGUUGGCCGAACCAAAAACAGAAUUGAUGCCUUCUACAUCGUUGUGGACAAACAGCUCAUCCCCUGCCAAGCCACCAGCUUGUUGGGUGCUUUUGAUGAACUGUUUAAAUCCCACUACGUGUUCAACCUGUCUUAUGAUGAAACCCUGGUCCAGCUCUUCACUUUCAUGCAGACAACAGUCUACAACAUCGAUAUUACAACAACAGAUGAGUCCAUGAGUUCUGGGCAAAAGUCUUACACGUGGUUUAAAAAAUGCUAA